GUGUGGAGAUUGCUUCGUGUAACAGGGCCCCUACUUCCAGUGAAGGGAAAUCUUAAUGCUACAGCAUACAGCGACAUUCUAGAGUGGUGUGCUUCCACCUUUACAUUUUAGGGCAGGUCCUGUUUCAGUAUUACAAUGCGCCCGUGCACAAAGCGAAUCCAUAAAGAAAUGGUUUGCAGAGUUUGCUGUGGAUUAACUUGACUGACCUGCACAGAGCCCUGACACAACCCCAUCGACAUCGACAACCUCACCUCAUUUACGGGAAAUGGUGGGUGGGUUGUAGUUCUAUAGCAGUGGAAACAUCGUGCGAGGCUCUCUCUUCACAGCGACACCAUCGACAACGAAAAUGUUUUCAAGAUGUUUAUCGUAUUUGUUUGUCGUCGGGAUCCUGAGGUGCUCGGAGAGUCUCUCGGUUAACAGCGAGUGCGGAGAAAAUAUCACUCUGCCCUGUGAUGCUACCCGUCGCUCUAAGCAGUACAGGUCCGUCACUUGGUAUAAGGUGAGCGGUACUCGAACCGGGAUUAUCAGGAAAGCUCAGGACAGAGUGCAGCAUUUCAAGGCUGCACGGAUGGCCGAGUUCGGACAUGACGAGAGCCUGUUAGUCCCCGGUGUUAGGCCUGAGGACUCGGGGGACUACGAGUGUUUUCUGUCUGCAAAUGUGGGUGGCGAGAAUAAAGAAUCAAAACUCCAUCUCAGCGUGUCAGAAUGUGUCACCCCUGCUGACACCACCCUUGCUGACACCACCCCUGUUGAUACCACACCUGCUGCUUUGGUUACUUUGACUGGCAUGAUGUCCUGCUUCACUGCUCCCUGCAUGGACCAGGUGGUGGAGGUCUCCCUGGUUCUGGUCGUAUCCAGUUUUUCAGUCAUUGCCUUUGUCAAAGUCAUUUUGUCCAUCUUUUCGGUCUGGGUCCUGCUCUUGAUCAGAAGAAGAGGAGAGAGACAGAGAAUGGACGACUGGUCGUAA